AUGCCUAUUUCCACCGCCCUCCAAAUUCUGCACUCCCAGCUCUUCGUCACGGUACCCAAGCCUACCGCCAGCUUCAAAGAUCGUGUCGUCAUCGUCACCGGCGGCAAUGUUGGCCUCGGCCAAGAAACAGCGCGUACCAUAGCUUCCUUGGGCGCUGCCAAAGUCAUCAUUACCUCCCGCUCCACCGCGAAAGGCGAAGAGGCGCGGAACGACAUCAUCUCCUCGACGAAGUGCGAUGAAUCAACGAUCGAGGUCUGGCCCCUCGACCUCUGCUCCUUCGAGUCGGUGCGUGCCUUCGCCGAGCGCGCUCAAUCGCUCCCCCGUCUCGAUGCCCUCAUCUGCAACGCCGGCAUCGGAACAACCGCGUUCAAGCUCGCGGAAGGCCACGAAUCGACAAUCACGACCAACGUCAUCUCCACCUUCCUCCUGUCCUUGCUGCUUCUUCCCAAGCUGAAGGAGACUGCCGUCAAAUUCAACAUCCUCACGCACCUCGACAUCGUCUCCUCCGAUACCCACUUUCUCACCGACUUCCCCGAAAGCAGACUCCCCGGUCCGAUUUUCGAAACCCUGAGGAGCGAAGAGAAGAGCAUGAUGUCGGACCGCUACCACGUCUCGAAACUGCUCGAGAUCUUUUUGGUCCGCGCGCUGGCUUCCUCUCUCGCAGCUGCGCCUUAUCCCGUCGUCAUCACUUCGUCCAACCCGGGAUUUUGUACAUCAAGCUUGCGUGACGAGGUCCGCGAAGGUUCGGCCGUCGCGCGUUGGGUGAUAUGGCUUAUCGAGAGGUUGGUUGCGCGCACGGCCGAGGAGGGGUCGAGGAAUUUUGUCAUUGCGGCCAGUGCUGGCGAGGAUUUCCACGGCCAGUGGGUGAGCGAUGGCAAGGUGCAGCAGGUGGCGCCUUUCGUGUUGAGUGAGGAGGGAGAGAAGGUUCAGAGCCAGGUGUGGGAGGAGUUGUGUGCGAUACUGGAAGAGGCUGUUCCCGGAGUCACGAAGGGCCUUUAG